CUUCCAAACGACCCAAAAGAAAAGUAGUUAACUACUUCAAUUUCAAUGCCAUGAUUCUUAUCUUCUUCUCCCACACCAUACAACUAGUUAAAUAUGUUGGCUUUUACUGGCAUGAUUUCAUAGCGUCGAACCUAAAAUAUCAUCUUUUACUAGAUUCUUCACUUAAUUGCUGUGGCCUGACAAUGGGUUCCGCUGCUCCUGAGUAUCAGCCAUUGCUACUGGGUCUCGACUCCCAUGCUCGGAUACCCGAUUUGUCAUCCGUUGCAAUCGAAGAGUUUUUGCAACACAGGCCGGUAGCUCUGCGAUGGUGGCCAAGGCUUGUGGCAUGGGAGUCCAGGCUUCUUUGGCUUCUAUCUGGGGCUUCUAUAGUAGUAUCCAUAUUCAAUUACAUGCUCAGCUUUGUUACCUUGAUGUUCACUGGACAUCUGGGUGCUUUAGAGCUUGCUGGUGCCUCUAUUGCUAGUGUUGGUAUUCAAGGUCUUGCCUAUGGGAUUAUGUUGGGUAUGGCCAGUGCAGUGCAAACUGUAUGUGGACAGGCCUAUGGGGCUAAGCAAUACUCAGCAAUGGGAAUCAUUUGCCAAAGGGCCAUAGUCUUGCACUUGGGAGCGGCGGUCCUCCUAACAUUUCUGUAUUGGUUCUCUGGUGAUGUACUCCAAGCAAUAGGCCAAAGUGAAAGCAUUGCUCAGAAAGGCCAAGUGUUUGCUCGAGGUUUGAUCCCUCAAAUUUAUGCAUUUGCCAUAAGUUGCCCGAUGCAGAGGUACUUGCAAGCACAGAAUAUUGUGAAUCCUUUGGCAUUUAUGUCUGUUGGAGUAUUCCUGGUCCACAUUCUUCUGACGUGGGUUGUCGUCUAUGUCUUGGGGUAUGGCCUACUGGGAGCCGCUCUGACUCUCAGCCUCUCUUGGUGGUUUCUUGUUAUUGUAAAUGGUCUUUACAUUCUUCUGAGCCCGUCUUGCAAGGAAACUUGGACUGGCUUAUCCUUAAGAGCCUUCACAGGAAUUUGGCCUUAUUUCAAGCUCACUGUUGCUUCUGCUGUUAUGCUUUGUUUGGAGAUAUGGUACAACCAAGGGUUGGUGCUUAUAUCAGGGCUCCUUACUAAUCCAACAAUCUCACUUGACUCCAUUUCAAUUUGCAUGAAUUAUUUGAACUGGGACAUGCAAUUUAUGCUCGGCCUCAGUGCAGCUGCCAGUGUUCGAGUCAGUAAUGAGCUAGGGGCAGGUCAUCCAAGGGUAGCAAAAUUUUCAGUUUUUGUGGUGAAUGGGACAAGUAUCCUUAUCAGCAUAGUUUUCAGUGCAAUUGUUUUGAUAUUCCGGGUUGGAUUGAGCAAAGCAUUUACAAGUGACUCUGAGGUUAUAGAGGCAGUUUCAGACUUGACUCCACUGCUUGCCAUCUCUGUUUUCCUAAAUGGCAUUCAGCCAAUCCUCUCAGGGGUGGCAAUAGGGAGUGGAUGGCAAGCAGUUGUGGCUUAUGUAAACCUGGCCACUUACUACAUAAUCGGUCUCCCCAUUGGAUGUGUCCUCGGCUUCAAAACAAGUUUAGGAGUAGCUGGAAUCUGGUGGGGGAUGAUUAUUGGAGUUCUUUUACAAACAGGAACUCUCAUUAUUCUCACUGCCAGAACCAACUGGAGCCAGGAGGUUGAAAAGGCUGCUGACCGCUUGAAGACUUCUGCUAAUGAGGAGAGAGAAGACUUGGUAACAGGGGUAUCAGGAGCAUGAGCCCACGUUAAUAUAUUUCUCUGUUUUCCAAACACCCUCUUCUUUCAAUUUUGAAUAUGUAUUCUUGUAAUUUUGGGUUAAGUCAAUUCCUUGAGCAGGUUCGCUUUCUCUUUCUA